AUGGAAAUUGCCGCAUCACUCUUUCAUCACUUUUCUUCAAAUAACUUAUUUAGAAUAAAUAAAAGUCAUAGUGCAGACGAAGAACCUCCAUACAACUUCAGGCAUGUACUCGAUUUUACGGAACAAGACGAGUUAUUUAAGGUAUGUUGAUUGAAAAUUACAUAAUACAUACACUUAGUCUUAAGUCCGUUUUCCACUCACGUAUUUCGCCGCCGUUGGCGAAAUAUUUUGACAAAGAAAUCAUUUUUUUACAUUCAUUCGCCGCUGAAGAAAUUUGUUCUCCUGCUACAGUUGCUUAAAUUUUCAACUUCUGUUUGACCUUUCGUUGACGGCGCGAAAGAACAACAAAUGAACUUUUUCGGUGGCGAAAUACGUGAGUGGAAAACGGGCUUUAGUGCACUGUGAACUAUAUUUCAAAUAUGGGAUUUUCAAAAUUAGUCCAGAAAGUAUAAAGAAGUAGUGAAGUAAAGAUUAGUGCAUUGUAUUCUCCGGGACGUUUUCAGAGCUUUCGAUAUUGUUUGAAAUAGUCAUAAAUGUUUUGUUGAUUUGAGUCCUGAACGAGAAUCAGAUUUUCCAUAUAUAUAAGAGGGGAAAACGGUCCGCUAGUGCCACAGAAGAUCCAACAUGAAAAAUAAAUGUAGGCGGCAAUGCAUAAACCGAAGCAGAAAACAAAAUUAAACUAUCCUUUUACAUUAUAGGAAACGAUAAACAAACAGACAAAUUCAAGAAGUAAAGAUAAUCCUGAAGCCACGCUUGAUGCGCUUAUGCAAGUUGCAUCUUGUGAAAAUGUAAGUUUUUGAUUCCCAUUCUUGUUAAAGUUUAGUCCACUGUAUUGUUUUUUCCCCCCGCUAUCCAUAUUAUAUUAAUCUAUACUGCUUAAUUUUAUUCAUUCCUAGGAGCUUGGGUGGAAUCCAUCCAACACAACGCGUCGAAUUGUGUUGAUAGCAACUGACGCUCCUUUUCAUAUAGCUGGUGAAGGAAGGGUAAUUCUAGUUAUAUUACUUCGCACAAAUAAUCAUUUAAUUGAAGGUCAGGGAGACAGGGACUACGUCUUCACCAUAUAGUUCAAUCCCAUUGUCUUUGACAUGUUGCACAACAUCUUUCUUCACUGUAUUUACACAUCCAAUUUCUUACCACGAAUUUUACGUAAAUAUAGUCGCUCGACUCUUAUAAGGCGCCCCAAUUGUUAUUCGUAUUCUUUCCAAUAAAAUAUAAUUACUGUACUUACAGAAUGUUGAUGAAAUUUUCAUUCAUGUUUAUAUAGUUUGGCGGAAUUGUCCAUCCUAAUGAUGCCAAAUGUCAUCUCUCAGAACGAAGAAAUGGCUCAAGGGAAUAUUCUGGCUUAGAACAGGUUUGCAUGCAUAUUGAUUUCAAAAUAUAAGCUUUCCUUUCAACGGUCAUUGUAAACAACUUUAUAUGCUUAAAUAAUAAUUAAUAUUUAGGAUUACCCAACGGUGAACCAGGUUUAUCAAAAGUUACGUGAAUCCAGAAUUCAACCAAUAUUUGCCGUUUCACAUUAUGAAAGAAAAACUUUCAAGGUAUAGUCACAGAAUUGGUUUCGUGUAUUUGAAACAGUAGGUUGUCAGCGUUGUCGACAUCUAGCCCUGCACUAACUUUCAUAACUUGAACUUUCGAUAGGAGUUAGCCAACAUCUGGAAAGACCUGGGAGCAACUUACGAAGAAUUAAACGAAGAUUCAAAUAACAUUAUCGAACUUAUUGAAAAGAGCUAUAAGGUAUUGUGUAUAAAGGAACUUUUCUCUCUUCUUGUUUUUCUCAAAUCUUAGCUUCUCAAGUCUUGAGCCUCAAAUAUUAACUUCGUUCGACACUUAACAUGUUAAUUUCGUUCGACACUUAAGGUCAUUUUAAAGGCCCGUUUACACGGGCGAUUUUUGCUGCG